CUCCUUCGGUUUUAUUUUUCUCGGUCGGCCUGAAUCGCCAUAAGUGGUAUAUCCUGUCCUGUCCGGAGAGGCUGAGACCUUGGUCAUAUGGCAUUAAGUUCGGGGCGCAGGAGAGACCCGGAUGGGGACUCUUUUUCAUAGCGUAGGCCUCCGCCGUUCGGAGACGCUUCACGCCAGGGGGAGGUGCUGCGCGUCCAAGAUGGCGGCGCCCUGUAGGCUGGAGGGACUGUGAGGUAAACAGCUGAGGGGGAGGAGACGGUGGUGACCAUGAAAGAUACCAGGCUGACAGCACUAGAAACUGAUGUACCAUCUGUCCCCAGAACAGUCUGGUAGUGGCCCUAAUGAAGAGCUGUGGAAGCCUUUAGCACGCGUCCGGGAGCCCACACAGCAGAGUUGAGUGAGAGAAUGGCCCAGCUAGCCAACAUUGGGGAGCUACUCUCCAUGCUGGACUCUUCUACAUUGGGUGUGCGGGACGACGUGACGACCAUCUUCAAGGAGUCCCUCAAUUCUGAACGUGGGCCUAUGCUUGUCAACACGUUGGUGGAUUAUUACCUGGAAACCAAUUCUCAAUCAGUAUUGCACAUCCUGACCACCUUGCAGGAGCCACAUGAUAAGCACCUCUUGGACAAAAUUAAUGAGUAUGUAGGCAAAGCUGCUACCCGUUUAUCCAUCCUCUCACUGCUGGGGCAUGUUGUGAGACUGCAGCCAUCUUGGAAGCAUAAGCUCUCUCAAGCACCUCUUCUGCCUUCUUUAUUGAAAUGUCUCAAGAUGGACACUGAUGUUGUGGUCCUCACAACUGGUGUCUUGGUGUUGAUCACCAUGCUACCGAUGAUCCCGCAGUCGGGGAAGCAGCACCUUCUCGACUUCUUUGACAUCUUUGGCCGUCUUUCGUCAUGGUGCCUGAAGAAACCAGGCCACGUGACAGAAGUCUACCUGGUCCAUCUCCACGCCAGUGUUUAUGCCCUCUUUCAUCGCCUUUAUGGGAUGUAUCCUUGUAACUUUGUCUCCUUCCUGCGCUCUCACUAUAGUAUGAAGGAAAACGUGGAGACUUUUGAAGAAGUGGUCAAGCCAAUGAUGGAGCAUGUGCGAAUUCACCCGGAGUUAGUGACUGGAUCCAAGGACCAUGAACUGGACCCUCGAAGGUGGAAGACGUUAGAAACUCAUGAUGUUGUAAUAGAGUGUGCCAAAAUCUCUCUGGACCCUACAGAAGCCUCGUAUGAAGAUGGCUAUUCUGUGUCUCACCAGCUCUCUGCCUGCUUCCCUCACCGUUCAGCUGAUGUCACCACCAGCCCUUAUGUGGACACACAGAAUAGCUAUGGGGGCGCUACUUCCACCCCUUCCUCCAGCUCUCGGCCAAUGUUGUUCAGUCCACCUGGGCAGCUACCUCAGAGUUUGAGUUCCCCAUCAACAAGGCUGUUACCUGAGCCGCUGCAAACUAGUCUCUGGAGCCCAUCUACGGUCUGUGGUAUGACCACUCCUCCUACAUCUCCUGGAAAUGUCCCGGCUGAUUUGUCACAUCCGUACAGUAAAGCCUUUGGUACCAGUGGUGGAAAAGGAACUCCUUCGGGAACCCCAGCGACCUCUCCUCCUCCAGCUCCGCCUUGUCCCCAAGAUGACUGUGUGCAUGGUCCAGCCUCUCAGGCCUCAGCCACACCCCCCAGGAAGGAAGAAAGAACAGACUCCUCAAGGCCUUACCUUCUCAGACAGUCAAACGACCGAGGAUUAGAGGAUCCACCUGGAAGCAAAGGUUCUGUUACUCUGAUGAAUCUACCGGAUUUCCUAGGUGACCUGGCUUCUGAGGAAGACAGUAUAGAGAAAGAUAAGGAAGAAGCUGCAAUAUCUAAAGAACUCUCUGAGAUCACUACUGCAGAGGCGGAUCCUGUAGUUCCUAGAGGGGGCUUUGACUCUCCUUUCUACCGAGACAGUCUCUCUGGUUCUCAGCGGAAGACUCAUUCAGCAGCCUCUGGGACUCAGUGCUCCAGCGUGAACCCUGAGCCUUUGCACUCCUCCCUGGACAAACAUGGGCCUGACACACCAAAGCAAGCCUUUACUCCCAUAGACCCACCCUCUGGCAGUGCUGAUGCCAGUCCUGCUGGGGACAGGGAUCGCCAGACUUCUUUGGAGACCAGUAUCCUCACUCCCAGCCCUUGCAAAAUUCCACCUCAGAGGGGAGUGAGCUUUGGAAGUGGGCAGCUUCCCCCAUAUGAUCAUCUCUUUGAGGUGGCCUUGCCAAAGACUGCCUGUCACUUUGUCAGCAAGAAGACUGAGGAGCUGUUGAAGAGAGUGAAAGGGAGCCCUGAGGAAGACUGUGUGCCCUCUACCUCCCCAAUGGAAGUACUGGACAGGCUGAUAGAGCAGGGGGCAGGUGCGCACAGCAAGGAGCUGAGCAGGUUGUCCUUGCCCAGCAAGUCUGUUGACUGGACCCACUUUGGAGGCUCUCCUCCCUCAGAUGAGAUCCGGACCCUCCGAGACCAGUUGCUUUUACUGCACAAUCAGCUGCUGUAUGAACGCUUCAAGCGGCAGCAGCAUGCACUCAGGAACAGAAGGCUCUUGCGCAAGGUGAUCCGAGCAGCGGCUCUGGAGGAACACAAUGCAGCAAUGAAAGAUCAGUUGAAGUUACAAGAGAAGGACAUCCAGAUGUGGAAAGUGAGUCUGCAGAAAGAACAAACCCGAUACAGUCAGCUUCAGGACCAACGUGACACCAUGGUGACCCAAUUGCAUAGCCAGAUCAGACAGCUACAGCACGACCGAGAAGAAUUCUACAACCAGAGUCAGGAAUUACAGACAAAGCUGGAGGACUGCAGAAACAUGAUUGCGGAACUUCGGGUGGAACUGAAGAAGGCCAACAACAAGGUGUGCCACACUGAGCUGCUGCUCAGCCAGGUCUCUCAGAAGCUCUCCAACAGUGAGUCAGUGCAGCAGCAGAUGGAGUUCUUGAAUAGGCAGCUCCUGGUGCUUGGGGAGGUCAAUGAGCUGUACCUGGAGCAGCUGCAGAGCAAGCAUCCUGACACCACCAGGGAAGUAGAAAUGAUGAAAACUGCAUAUCGGAAAGAACUAGAGAAAAACAGAAGCCACCUUCUCCAGCAGAACCAGAGGCUGGACGCCUCACAGAGGCGAGUUUUGGAACUGGAAUCUCUUCUGGCCAAGAAAGACCACCUUCUCCAAGAGCAGAAGAAAUACCUUGAAGAUGUCAAGAGCCAGGCGAGUGGACAGCUGCUGGCUGCAGAGAGCAGAUAUGAGGCUCAGAGAAAGAUCACCCGGGUGUUGGAACUGGAGAUCCUAGACUUGUAUGGCAGGUUGGAGAAAGAUGGCCGCCUACAGAAAUUAGAAGAGGACAGAGCAGAGGCAGCAGAGGCAGCAGAAGAGAGGCUUGACUGUUGUAGUGAUGGAUGCUCAGAUUCCUUGGUAGGACAUAAUGAAGAGGCUUCUGGUCACAAUGGUGAGACCAGGACCUCCAGACCUGGUGGCACCCGGGCCAGCUGUGGAGGUAGAGUCACUGGAGGCAGCAGCGGCAGCAGCAGUGAGCUUUCCACUCCAGAGAAACCUCCAAGCCAGAGGUUCAGCAGCCGGUGGGAACCUGCCAUGGGCGAGCCCUCCAGCAACAUCCCCACCACUGUUGGCUCACUUCCCAGUUCCAAAAGCUUCCUGGGCAUGAAGGCCCGGGAGCUGUUCCGUAAUAAGAGUGAGAGCCAGUGUGACGAGGAUUGUGUAACCAUGAGUAGCAGCCUUUCUGAGACCCUGAAGACAGAACUGGGCAAGGACUUGGACAUGGAAAACAAGACUCCCCUGAGUCUAGACGCCCCACACCCAUCUUCCCCAAACUCAGACAGUGUGGGGCAGCUCCACAUCAUGGACUACAAUGAGACUCAUCACAAGCACAGCUGAAGAGGGUCUGUCAGUGUUAACUUGCGUCUUUGUCGGCACAGAACAGAAGGUGUGAGUGCACGGUCUAGGCUUCUGUUUCCAGGCUCUGAGCAGCUGCUCUGCGGUGGGACGAAUGGACAGAGGGCCUUCUGACAGAGGGUGGAGUGUGGGAUGGUGGUAUUUGGGUCUGGCAUUGAGACGCUUUCCUUCACCUCACCCCAGCCUCUUUCAUUUACCCAGCAGUAUGUACUAAUUGAGGGCCUGUGCUUUAUUUUCUUCCUCCCACCAAAUGGUUAUGUCAUUUGAACCUGUGCAAUAUGAGGCCAAAUUUCAUCUUUGGGUCCAACAUACCACUCUGCUUUCCUGAGGUUCAGACAACUGGGUGGCUCUUGGGUAGACCAGGCAGUUAGCGGCACUGCAGGUAAGUCCAGUUUUGUCCCUUCCAGGAGGAUAUAGCCUACAAAGCUGUCUUUACAGGAGCAUUCCCACUGCUCUUUGGUUCUGAAGUUUAGCAUCUAAGCCACAGAUCUAGAGAAACUGGCUCACUCACCUCUGCCUUGUCUUGGCAGCUCUGAUAUGCUUCCUAGAAGGUUCUAUGAGAAUACCAGUUGCUUUGACAGUGCAGUUGCCACUGUGGAGGCCACACUGCCUUAACUCUCUGGAAAGCUCUUACCCCUCUGCCCCACUACCUCUUAUUUAUUUGGUAUUUGCUUGAAUGCUGGCACCGUGCUGCCUGUGGGUGGGUGUAUAGGUGUCCGUCCUGCAAUCUGGAGACAGUGGGGAGUGGUCACCUGGAGGGGCACCUAGGAUGCCCAUGCUCAUGUGGAUGUAUGCCUCUGGCUGGCCACAGUUCCACCCUUCAGCCUGUUUGCCUCCCCUUGGGUCCCCUGGGUCCCCUUGGGUCCAGCUGCCUUGUAAUGCUGCAGCAGACAGGCUUGGGAGAAGUCAGCGCUUCCUUGGAGCUUAUGUAAUGAUCACUCUCCGGCUGAGGGAUCGCCUCCCCUUACUAGGUUCUCACAACUUUUACACCAACUCCGACUUCACAGGAAAGACUCUCCCUGGAGCUUCAUAUCAGACAUUUCUGUUAGGGACAGCAGAGUAACAACACACUCUGAAAAAGGCUGGUGGCCUAUACCACUGCCUACUCUCAUGCUCACAAGAGGUGACAGUGGUCACUGCCAGAACACAGUGGUAGCAGAGAGCCCAAACUCAACCACUGCUCCUGAAAUAAAUGUUGGAAGUGUAAGAGUUGUUGCCUGAUAUUCUGGCCCAGGCAAGGAGAGUCUUGGGAAGGAGCCAUGAGCUUGGAUUGCUUGUUUCUAUUCUGUAAGAAGAGGGUUUAGCUACGACAAAGCUAAAAAAACAAAGACAAAAAACAAAUGGUACGAAUCUUACUGCAUAGGGAAGUUUACAGCCUGAGGAUGAAAGUCUUAAGUGUGGCAGUUGUGAACACCCUACCCUCCCUAAGUAAGGCAAGUCUUCACGCUCCAUGGCAGUGCUGUCUGGAGCCCUGUCAGGGCCAUAUCGCUGCUAGAGCUGACUGACAGCCAGCCCACAGGAAGGCAUGCCACGGACCACUCUCAGACCAGCAGAGGGCAGCCACUGCCCCUGGACACUUGGAGUGUGUAUGUCAGUGAUGGCCUGCUUUUCAUGUAGCUCUGCCCAAAGCAAAGCUUAAAACCCAGUAUUCUCUCAGCCAAGCCAUUGUAGAAAUGGGCAGAUUAACAGAUCUCACAGGUUAAUGUAGACACUGCUUCCAAGAGCUCCCCGACUGUACAGGUGAUGAAGGUUUAGGAAGAAGAGGCAGCAGCAUGGUAAGGUAAGCUGAUAUGUAGGCUGCCAUCUCCUUAGACUUCACUGGGCCCUCUGCACUUUCCUCCAGCCGGUCCCCAUCCCCAAUGACAGAACCUGAACAUCCUGUGUGGCUUGAGUUCUAGAAGGCUGUUGAGACAUUUUUUACCUAAGGUUGGAGGACUGGGACCCUGAGUCUUACAUUGGCUAUUUUCAAAGGACUCUAGAAUUAGUGGGUGGUUGGGUGGAGGCUUCUGUUUUAGAGUGCAGUGACAGAUGAUCUGGAAGUCAGUGGGUCACCCGGUCAUGCCAUAGGCACAAGCAGAGCUUCUGAGGAGCAGCUGAAUCCUGGGCCAGAGUAUUAGAACAGUAGGUGUCAUGGGCAGCCUAGUGUGUGUGAGCGUUGGGGUUGAAUGGCUUCAUCCUGUAAUCACUUAGACUGUGUGCUGUGGUUGCCAACGGGCCCCAAGGAGGCUGGAGGCUGAGUCUCGAGCAGUCCAGAAACUGUUAGAAGCAGCCCUACAAGUGCCACUGCAGUGUAGGAGCAGAUCAGUGCCCAGGAGAGGAGCUAAGUGCAUAUGUCCAUGUAGUAUCCCUCUCUGAAACCUAAGAAUGUACUAUAGGAGCAAAACCAAUAUGGCCGUGAGCAUGAGGAGACAAGCUCUAAGUGGCAUCUCUAGAGUCAGCAGCACAGGUACCAGUGGUGAAUGCUGACCAGCUUUUCUACCCUUUCAGGAGGAAAGGCUUAACCUUCUGGACUAAGCUGUAGAAGGUUCCAACUGUGUGACUUGGUUAGCAGGGAGUCACUCUUUUUAGAAGGCAAACUGUCACAACCCAGGAAAAGUCUGGUAGCCACUGGUGGUUUAAAAAGCAGACAAAAAUCUCUCGGCCCCAUGCUGCUAUAGCCAGUGACCAAGCACCUCCCAGGGUGCAGGCGACACCAUUGGUGACAAGUGGUAGUAGACUUAGGAACACUCGCAGACUCUGUGGGCUCCAGUGCUUAAAGGAGAAUGAGAAAAUGCUAAGCAUAAAUAGCUAAGCAUAAAAGGAUAAAAGGAGCUGAGAACUGACCAUAGAGCUCAGGCUGGCAGUAAGCCUAGAAAGCAAGGGAGGUGUGACAAGUAAGUGCAGUGUGCCCAGCCAACAGGGCCCCUACCACCUGAAGUCAGGAAGAAGUAAGGAGCAAACAGUGCUACAUGGGAGGGCAAGCAGCAGGGGUGGGAGACACCAGACACAUUGGUAGAGGUGUGGGCAUUGCAUAGGCUCAGUUCACACUGGAGCACCUGGAUUCUGCCUCAGCCAGAGGCCAGUGGCCUGCAGCCUGGGACUGAGUCUUCUGCUCCUUCCCAGGCCAUGCUGUAAACCCACUGCCAGUGUGAGGAUGUUUGUGUCCCUGUGUCCACCCAGAGGCCUCUCAUUGCCCUGGGUUUAGCCUGUACAGGUUAAAAAAAAAAAAAAAAGGCAGGAGUGGGGUGGGCAAGAGCAAUACGCAACAGCCAUAUAUGGAAGAUCCCUAAGCUGCUGCUUCCACCCCUGUUCUCAUUCAGCUUCCCGGUUUGUGAGUCCCUGGUGUGUUCAGGGGAGCAGUGCUUCUGUCUCUGGUAUCACCCCAAGUUUUUAAAUGCUGUGUAGGAAAGCAGCAGCAGCAGCUACAACAAACUGCACCCUGACCACUUUGGGUCUUAGAAUGAAAUUAAUGGGGGUAGAGAAGUGUCCUUCCCUUUCCAGAGCCCCGGUAUUAUCCACCCCUGGAUAAGUAGGCAGCUUGAGUCACUGGAGUAGAGUCUUUCACAAGAUCCCUGGGGUUCAAGGGCUCCAGAUUGAUCCCUCUUCCUGCCUCAGCUCACACAGUGUUGGAAGGGAGAGGAGGAUAUGAUGCUGUUUGUUGGCUCCCUGGCAAGUCAGAGGCAGGCAGGCGUAUUUUGCACUAGGAAGAUUCAAUGGUCACCCUUCAUGAGACUGGACCACAAACAUUACAGAGGAGCAGGUUUUGCUAAGACAUAGUUUAGUUUUAUAAUCAAUCAUGGAUGAACCAUAUAUGGCUAACUUGGAGUUGGGGGGGUGGUAUUCCCAUCAGUGAAAACUAAUCAGAUUUUUAAAAAACUUUUCAGUUCAAUGGAAGUCACUUCUCAAAAGGUUUAAAUGUUCCCACUAUGAUCUUAAAAGCAUGUCAAACAAUCGGAAUCAGAUGCCAUGAAUAUGGGCUGCAGGAGAACAUGGUACAGUCUCAGUGAAUGGAAUCAAAGGUUUGCUGUCCUUAGAAUGUUCUACAAUGUCAAGGCAGUUGCUUGUGUUUAACUGUGAACAAAUAAAGAUUUAUUGUUUUGCACUCC